AUGGGCACGAGUUGGAGGAGCAACGAUUUUGUGCUGCAAUACAUUCACAGCAAAAUUGUGGAGCAGCCGCUGCAUACGCGAUGUAUAGCCAUUUGUAUUGAUGCCGAUAUUGGUGGUAGCGGUGUUGAUUAUGGCGGUGGUUGUGGUAGCGGUAGCUGUAGUGGUUGUGGUUGUGGUUGUGCCGAUGGUGUUGAUGAUGUUGGUGCUGGUGAUGGCGUUGGUUGUGGUUGUGGUUGA